AUGAAAAGGCAUUUUCAUAGUGAAACGUUGCUGCCGAGCAAAAAAGCUGAUGGAAAAUCGACCACGUCGAGAGAAGUUAGUACGGUACUGGUGAAUAAUCUCCCGAAGAGCUAUAACCUGAUGAAAGUUCGUAAGGUGUUCUUCAAUUGUGGUGUCAUAAAUCAUAUAGAUGUGACAGAGUCUCUGGAUAAGACCUAUCGUUUGGCCAGAAUCGAGUUCCAAAGAUAUGAUGAAGCACUCACCGCAUUAACUAAGACUUUGAAGAAGAUUGGUCAAAAUGAAAUAACUGUUAAUUUAUUAGAAAAUUGUACAAUAUGGAUAACAAAUUUUCCUCCCAACUACACGCAACGUGAUAUUAAGAGUUUAUUUCUUGACCAUAAUGCGGUUGCGUUGAGUGUACGAUUCCCAUCGCUGCGAUACAAUUCGAACAGGCGAUUCGCCUAUGUUGAUGUCACCUCCACUGAGGAAGCGGAUCGUAUUACUGCUGAAUUGAACGACAAAGAAGUUGAAACUUACCGCUUGGUGGUCAAGAAAUCCAACCCCAUAGAAAAGAGUAAGCGAAGCGACUAUGGAGCCUCGGAAAGAAGAGAAAUUAUGAUACGACAGCUCGAUAUCACCAAAAUGAAUGAACAGUUUCUGCAGCAAGAGUUCUCUAAAUUUGGGGAGGUAGAGUCGAUAACAAUUCCUGCCAACCAAGAUCCAAGAUCGCGUACUGGUUACGCAUUCGUGACAUUUGCCGAGCAGUCAGCAGCACUUGACAGCUUAAAAGUGAAAGCUUUGAAUGAAAAAGAAGUAUCUGUCAAAUUGGCUGAUAGAAAAGCAUACAUUGAACGUCAGAAGGUAAAGGCGAUUAUGCAAGGUAAGAUGAAGAAUGAUAGAAUAAUUUCGCUAUUUCCUUUGAAAGAUAAUACCAGUAAGACUCAGAUAGAGGAGAUACUACUUGAAAAAACCAACUUGACUCAUGAUGAAUUAGAAGAGAUAUUGCUAGUUCCGGAUAAAGAAGGUGCUUUAAUUAUUCUGCGAGAUUCUAAACAGGCGGCCAGAUGCAGUAUGUCACUAAAUGGAUGUGAGUUCCAAAAAACUGUUCUUCGUUGCGGCGCGGUGUAUGAUCUACGCAAACAACAGACAGGAAAUGCUACUAGACCUGUCACUUUUGAAACCACAACUUCUUCUCAUCAAAAGUCUGAGCAAGACGCUGGAAGUCCCCGACCUAAGCUGUCUAAUGAGGAUUUCCGGAAAAUGUUCCUUCGAAAAUAG